CACCGGCGCGUUUCAACGAGUCUGAAACUCCAAUAAAAUGUGUCUUCACCUGCUGAGUGAAAAGUGCAUUCAUGCUCCUGCACAAAAAACAACAUCAACAAACACCGGAGAAAGAGAGCCUCUCUUACCGGCUGGGUAGAGGCGGCCCUCCCGGGAGAAGACGGUGAUGUGUCGGUCGAAAUCUGCAGGUUUGUCCCGAGGGACAUGUUUGUUGUUGUCUCCAUGGUGACCUCAGGUGAACUUCACUCUAAAGUAUCUUUAUAUAUAUGUACACUACCGUUCAAAAGUUUGGGAUCACUUAGAAAUGACUUUAUUUUUCAAAGAAAAGCACUGUUUUUUCAAUAAAGAUAACAUUAAAUUAAUCAGAAAUACACACUAUACAUUGUUAAUGUGGUAAAUGACUAUUCUAGGUGGAAACGUCUGGUUUCUAAUGAAAUAUCUCCAUAAGUGUGAGGCCCUUUUACAGCAAGUAUCACUCCAGUGUUCUAAUGGUACAUUGUGUUUGCUAAUCGCCUUAGAAGACUAAUAUCUGAUUAGAAAACCCGUGCAAUUAUGUUAGCACAGCUGAAAACAGUUAUGCUGGUGAUAUAAGCUAUACAACUGGCCUUCCUUUGAGCUUGAAUUUUGUAGAACAAAAUUAAUAUUUCAAAUAUUAAUCAUUAUUUCUAACCUUGUCAAUGUCUUAACUAUAUUUUAUAUUAAUUUGAUAAAUAAAAGUGUGAUUUUUCAUGGAAGACACGAAAUUGUCUGGGUGAUCCCAAACUUUUGAACGGUAGUGUAUACAUAUAUAUAUAAUAACAGUAAAAAGCUCUCGAGAUGUUCUCUUCUCUUACUUUCUCUUUCAUUCAUAGUUCACGGUGAGGGCAGGCCGGCCUCCCGACGAUUGGAUGGAGAGGCAAUACGGAAAUCAAGUGACUCUACUCGUUAGACUGGCCCUCUCUCUCUCUCUCUCUCUCUCUCUCUCUCUCUCUCUCUCUCUCUCUCUCUCUCUCUCUCUCUCUCUCUCUUACCUGUGAAACUGGAAACGCGCGUUUUCAAAAAGACGCUCAGAUCGUGUCGGUGGGAGGGUUGAAUGGAGAGGAGCGAGCCACCGACAUUAGACAUCCCUCUCUCCCUCUCUCCCCCCCUCUCUCUCUCUCUUUUUCUGCUGUCACUUGACCGCCACAAACACACACAUACACACACACACACACACACACACACACACAGCCAAAUGUCGGGCGGCAGGGUCGGCUUCUGUCUCAGCGAUAAGAAACGCAAGAGGAUGAACCUGGACGCCUUUGCCGUCUUCUGUGAAGGCCGCGGCGUGGAGGUGGUGCAGAUCGACCUCGCUCAGCCGCUGGCGCACCAGGGGCCCUUCGACAUCAUCGUUCACAAGCUGUCCGACGUCAUCGUGGAGGCCGAGCAAGACAGCCAAUCGCAGAAGCUCCUGGACAACUUCCAGAGCUACGCGUCGGCUCACCCCUCCACGGUUCUUCUCGACCCGUUGCCCGCCAUGACCCGGCUGCUGGACCGCUUCGCCUCUUACCAGAUCAUGAGCGAGCUGCGCCAGUCACUCCGAGACUGGCGUAUCUGCAGUCCUCCGUAUCUGGAGAUCCACGAUGUCAGUGACCUGCCGUCCAUCCAACAGGCCAUGAGGACCCAGGGCGUGAGCUUUCCUCUCAUUUGUAAAACCCGGGUGGCCCACGGCUCCCUUUCCCACGAGAUGUCUCUGGUCUUCAGCGGCGGCGGCCUGGCGGACAUCCGUCCUCCCUGCGUCCUCCAGAGCUUCGUGAACCACGGCGCCGUCCUGCACAAGGUGUUCGUGGUGGGAGACCGCCACUUCUGCGUGGAGAGGCCGUCGCUCAAGAACUUCCCCUCGGGCCCCUGUGACAGGAAGACCAUCUUCUUCAACAGCCACCUGGUGUCCAAGCCGGAUUCGAACUCCGACCUCACAGCACUGGACGAGCGGACGGCGUGCCGGCCUCCGCCCAGCUCCGAGGCCGUGGCGGCGCUGGUCGGAGAGCUGCGGGUCCAGCUCGGCAUGGCCCUGUUCGGCGUGGACCUCAUCGUCAGCAUUCACACGCACACGCCCAUCGUGAUCGACAUCAACAUCUUCCCAGGCUACGAGGGAGUGCCCCAGUUCUUCUCGGCCCUGCUCAGCCACAUCGAGUCCGUGUUGGACCAACGCCAGGCGAAGGACUCUCCUCGCUCGGCGCAGACGGGAAGUCCGUCUUCGGGGCCGUGACGUCACCGGCCCGUUUCGCCCGGUCCGUCGGGACCAAACUCCGCCUCCGUUGAAACUCGUUAUUUAUACGUAGCCCGUGACGCCUGACGAAUGACGAGGAGAAUGUCGAAGUGCCUCGAAGUGAUUUGACCCCGAUGACACACAGAAUGUUUUAAUACACUUUCUGUUUAUUGAUUGAAGCGUAGGAGGAGAUACAGCAGGCACAGUAAUAUUACAAAUGGUGUUUUUCCUUUAAUCUUGUUUUCACUCGUCAUCAACCCCCCCCCCCCCCCCCCAGAGACAUGUCCUCCAUCAUUCUUUCUUGCUGGCUUGUAAGAUACAUUUUGUGGAAAAUUGUUUUUGCACUAAUACAAAAAAAGAAUGAAAACAACAAUACAUUAUGUUUUCUCCCCCCCUCCCCCCUCCCCCCAACCACCCCCUCUUUGGAAUAGACGUAAUGAGUUCAUCAGUGUUUACACAAGUUGACCGAGCCGGUGUUCAGAUACAGACGUGUGUUUUUGUUAAAUCUUGGCUGGUGUAGAAAAAAGAGAGAUUACAUAUAUCCGCUAUUACGAGUAUUCUACGAUGCAUUUUGAUAACAUAUUAAAAUACAUAUAAUUCAU